AUGCUGCCUGGAGCCUUCCCCGACGAUGCCAAAUCUGGGGUAUUUAGUGAAGUGGAGGACUCAAGCGGAAUCUUGACGCUGGACACACUAGCUCCGAGCCCGAAGCCAAAGCGCAAAGCCCAGGCGAGAAACAAAGAAGGCCUUCGAGCUCGAACCUUUGGGCUGAAGGAGUCUGUAAACGUCUCCCUCUCUGCAGCCCGGCUCGGCAUGCUCACGCAGCGGGAGAUUCUCAUGGAGGAAUUGGAAUCCCAGGCCAGCAUGCGCCGGAUGAUGUCCGCUUUCGUACCCGCCGGCGACUUCGAGUGGCGCAAGCCGAACUUUCUCCAAUCCAUCUCCAGGCACAUUCUCUUCAAGCUUCUAGUGAUGAUUGCCAUCUUGGCAAACUCUGCUUACCUGGGCUUCGACGCCGAUUUGCAGGUGCGGAACAGCUUUCGGAGUAUCCAAGACCAGGAUGCUGUGCCCCACCUGCCGGCCGCGGACAUCGUGUUUCCAGUCAUCUUCGUUGUGGAACUCGUGAUUCGACUGGGCGCCGAGCGCCGCGGAUUCUUUGAGGGCGAAGAGAAGUGGUGGAAUGUUUUCGACAUCGUCUUGGUUUUGAAUUCUGGUCUGGAGACAUUCACAACACUGGCGAACUUCAGCUUCUUGCGCAUCCUUCGAGUUUUCAGAUUAGUGCGACUGGUGCGGGUGGUGCGAAACGUGAAGAGCCUGAAGUCUCUGCGGACCAUGAUCUUCGCUUUGAUCAACUCCUUUACCUCCUUGCUUUGGGCUCUGAUCGUGAUCUGCCUGAUCAUCUUCAUUUUUAGCAUCCUCUUCUGCAACGGAGUCGCUGCGCACAACAAUACCAUCUUCAGGAACCUGCAGAAUGUUUCAGCCUGGGAAGACAAUGAGAUGGUGCAAGAGGCCUUGCUGGGGGAGAAGCACUUCGGCGGGCUUUGGAACACCUGCGUCAGCCUUUUCAGUGCUGUCACCGGUGGGAAUGACUGGAUGAUGUACGGCGAGUUGCUGAGGAACCUCAAGAACGGUGAACACGACAUCACCGGAGAGUUGUACUUCCUGAUCUUUGGGUUCUAUGUUGCUUUCUGCAUGAUCGGCCUUCUGAAUGUUGUCACCGGUAUCUUUGUGGACAGUGCGGUCUCCACGCGAACCGAAGACGAGGUCGUUGAUGCGUUCACGGAUCAAAUGGCUGCACGGUGCCGCGAGGUCAGGCGUAUCUUCAAUGAGGCAGACAUCGAAGGCAAGGGCGCUCUCACCUACGAGCAGCUGAAGGACCAGCUGAGCAACCCCUGGGUGAAGGCCUAUUUCCAUGGACUCGACAUCGAUCCAAACGAGGCUGCGAUCAUCUUCACGCUGAUGGAUACCGACCACAAUGGAACUGUAACCGCAGACGAGUUCAUUGACGGCACCAUGAAACUCAAAGGCUCAGCCAAGAGUGUGGAUAUGCUGCUGCUCAUGUUCGACCAGGUCCGGUUUACCACCAAGUUCAACUUCCUGUGCUCCUUCAUCGAGGAUGAGCUUCGAAACAUCAAGUCAGUCCUGACCCCAGGUGGUGAGAGAAAGCUCCCGGCAAAAAUCUUCAAAGCUCCGGAAGGUAGCGCUUGCUUCACAGCCUCCAAGUCGAACAUGGAGUUUAUGGAGUUGCUGGAUCCCGAAGAAGAGGCGAAGAGGUGA